AUGGAAGCUCCAAAUCAAACAAGAGUGACUGAGUUUGUCUUCUUGGGGCUCACGGAUAACUUGGUGCUGGGGACGCUACUUUUUGUGGCAUUCUCCCUGGCUUACGUGCUCACCCUUCUGGGGAACACUCUCAUCAUAGUGACCACGGCCCUUACCCGGCGCCUGCAUACCCCCAUGUACUUCUUCCUGAGCAACCUGUCCUUCAUUGACACCUGCCACUCCUCGGUCACUGUGCCCAAGAUGCUGGAGGGCCUGCUUAGGGAGAGAAAGACUAUUUCCUUUGAUGACUGCAUUGCGCAGCUCUUCUUCCUACACCUGUUCGCUUGUGCUGAGAUCCUUCUGCUGACCGUCAUGGCUUAUGACCGCUACGUGGCCAUCUGUGCCCCGCUGCGCUACCCCAACGUGAUGAGCAUCCGGGUGUGUGUGCAGCUCGUCCUCGCCCUCUGGUGGGGGGGUACCGUUCACUCUCUGGUGCAGACCCUCCUGACCAUUCGUUUGCCCUACUGCGGCCCCAACGUUAUCGAUAGCUACUUCUGCGAUGUGCCCCCCGUCAUCAAGCUGGCCUGCACGGACACCUACCUCACGGGAGUGCUCAUUGUCUCCAACAGUGGAACCAUCUCCCUCACCUGUUUCCUGGCUUUGGUCACCUCUUACACAAUCAUCCUGGUGUCUCUUAGAAAACAGUCUGCUGAAGGGCGCCGGAAAGCUCUGUCUACGUGCUCAGCCCACUUCAUGGUGGUCGCCUUCUUCUUUGGACCAUGCAUCUUCAUCUACACUCGGCCAGACACCAGCUUCUCCAUCGACAAGGUGGUAUCUGUCUUCUACACCGUGGUCACCCCUUUGCUAAAUCCCCUCAUUUACACCUUGAGGAACGAGGAGGUAAAAAGUGCCAUAAAGCAUCUCAGACAGAAACAGGUUUUCUCAUAA